GCUCCGGCACUUUGCGGACGCAGCGGCGCUCGCUGCGCGCGAGCGCGCUGAGGAGCUACCCGAGCGCGCUCGGAACAAGGGCAUAAGCUCCGCCGACCCUUCGCCAGGCCAAGUGGUGGAGCUUUUUGGGACCGAGGAUGUGGAGUCCUUCCCACGGCUGCAAAAACCUUUUGUGGACAGGAUCUGGCUGUCCGCAAAAGCUGGAAACGGUGGAAGCCCAGCACCCAAUGCGAACCGAAGGCCGCACCUACCCACCGGACCUGGCUAUGGUGGCCACGGCGGCAACGUGAUUCUGAAGGCGACGACCCAGAUCGAAAGCUUUCUGGAUGUGCCCGAGAAGAUCAACGCGGAACACGGCGGAGACGGACACGACUCGUCGCGCGGGAAGUCAGGGAAGGACUACGUGCUCCAGGUGCCUCUGGGGACGAUCAUCCGAGAGCGGGUCUUCAGUGGCGAGCGCACGCCCGAAG